GUGCGCCGCAGACGCGCGGACGCGGGCUGGCUCCCUACUUCCAACGCUGUGAGUAGAGGAGCUAGGCCCCUAACCGGGCGGUACUAGGCUGGUCGUUGUGUUCCGCCCUCGCUCUUCGCCAACGCUGGGCUGACCGAAAACCUGGCCCUUUAGGUCGCGCAUCUUCGACCUUCACCGCCAUGCGGAUAUGGGCCGCGGGAGAAACUUUGAGGGCGGGAUUACGGUGAAAAUGCUUGUUUGGGUGGGCCCAGCGGCUUCUUUCUCCCGGCUCGGCUUCGGCCCCGCCCCCGCCCCGCCCCCCCCCCCCCCCCCCCCGCUCCCGCUCCCGCUCGGCCCUGCACGCGGCCAGCGGGAGGGAGAGGGCCCGGGCACCCACCGUCUCCGUCCCGGCCCUAGCCGAGUCGAGCGUCCACUGGAAGGGCGCUCCCUGUCCGUCCCUAGUCCUCGGUCCUCACGGAGGCUGUUUGUCACAGCGAAGACUGACAGCCCGUAGUCUUCUGGACUUCUUUUAUGGGGCUCCUGGCGGUGCUAUUCAUUCAGUCAUUGAUUCGUCUUGUAAAUAUCGAGCGCCUGCUCUGUACUGGACCCGGCGUUGGGUACCGGAUGAACCAGACAGCUCGGUCUUUGCCACCAUUUAUCAGUCUGUGCCCUUUUCUCGAGUACUGAACCGAAAUCAGUUUUAAAUGUGCUGUGCGGGCUCUGAGCAGCGACUCACCUGUACAGAUCAAAUGAUGCUGUUUGGAAAAGUUUCCCAGCAGUUGUGUGGCAUAAAGAAACUCCCAUGGUCAUGUGAUUCCAGAUACUUCUGGGGCUGGUUGAAUGCAGUGUUUAAUAAGGUGGAUUAUGAUCGCAUCAGGGAUGUUGGCCCUGACAGGGCAGCAUCCGAGUGGUUGCUGCGCUGUGGGGCCAUGGUGCGCUACCAUGGCCAGGAGAGGUGGCAGACGGAUUACAACCACCUUCCAACAGGCCCUCUGGACAAAUACAAGAUUCAGGCGAUUGACGCCACCAACUCUUGUAUCAUGAGCAUUGGAUUUGAUCACAUGGUGGGCCUACAGCAUGUUGAAAAAAUAAGGCUGUGCAAGUGUCAUUAUAUCGAGGAUGACUGUUUGCUGAGACUUGGUCAACUUGAAAAUUUACAAAAAAGCAUAUUGGAAAUGGAAAUAAUAUCCUGUGGGAAUAUCACAGACAAAGGCAUCAUUGCUUUGCGUCAUUUAAGAAACCUCAAAUAUUUGUUGUUAAGUGAUCUUCCCGGAGUAAGAGAAAAAGAAAAUCUUAUCCAAGUCUUUGAGACAGCACUGCCCUCUCUGGAACUAAAAUUACAAUUGAAGUAAAAUAAUGUGUCUUAUUUCAGUAUAAAGGAUCAUUUGAAACUGUUGAUUCUAAACAUCAACUAAUAUUAUAUAGUCAUCAGUAGAAUUAUAAGGAUGCCAUAUCAUGACAUUUACAAGUGGAGAGUGCAUCAUAUUUAGAAAAUGAAUAUUCAGAUGUGACUCACUAAUGUUACUAAGUUGGAAGUGAGAAUUUAUGUACAUUAAUUCAUUUUAAGAAAAGUGCAGCCGGGCGCGGUGGCUCAUGCCCAUAAUCCCAGCACUUUGAGAGGCCAAAGUGGGCAGAUCACCUGAGGUCAGGAGUUCGAGACCAACCAUGGCCAACAUGGUGAAACCCCGUCUUUACUAAAAAUACAAAAUUAGCUGGGUGUGGUGGUCCACGCCUGUAAUCCCAGCUACUCUGGAGGCUGAGGCAGGAUAAUUACUUGACUUGGCAGGUGGAGGUUGCAGUGACCCGCAAUUGCGCCACUGCACUCCAUCCUGGGCGACAGAGCGAGACUCUGUCUCAAAAAAAAAAAAAAAGAAGAAAAAGAAAAAUGCAAACUAGGUAACAUUUUAAUACAUUCAUUUAAUAUGUAAAUCUAUAGAUAUCUCUUGAUGUAGAUAUUUAUUUAGAAUCCUUUAAAGUUAUUUGUACAACAGAUGUUUUUAUUAGUAAUUUACAUUAAAUUUAACUUUAAAGUUAGUGAAGCAUACUACCAUAAAUGCACAAUUAUGAAAAAUUAGAAGCUAAAUUACAGAUUCAUUGAUGGCGUCAAUUAUGCAUAGUGGUCAAUGGUGGUUGAAGCAUGCAUUUCAUAUUGCUUCCCAGGAUUUGCAUGCAUUUCCCAUGAUCCUGCAUUCUUGUGUUCUUGAUAGCAUACAGACUUUCUCAGAAUCAACAGUUGCUGCUUAAUUUGUCUAUUUUGUAAGCUUAGGCUACUAUUUUAUUAAAACUGGACAGAUACUUGGCUGAAUACAAAUAGUUUUGCAGAUUGCAAUAUAAUAAAAGGAAACAAUAAUAAAAACCAGUAGGCUAUGCUUAGGUUUCUCUUAAAACUUAAAACUGCUUUAGGCUGGGUGCCGUGGCUCAUGCCUGUAAUCCCAGUGCUUUGGGAGGCUGAGGUGGGAGGAUCACUUGAGACCAGGAGUUUGAGACCAAUUUGGGCAACACAGAGAGACCCCAUCUCUAUAAAAAAUUUUAAAAAUUAGCCAGGCGUGGUGGUGUACACCUGUACUCUCAGAUACUUGGGAGGUUGAGGUGGUAGGAUCGCUUGAGCUCAGGAGUUUGAGGCUGCAGUAAGCUAUGAUCACCGCCACUGAACACCAGCGUGGUAGCCUGGGUGAAAGACAGAGACCCUGUCUCUUAAAAAAAAAAAAAAAAAAAAAAAAGGGCUGGCCUGUAAUCCCAGCACUUUUGAAGGCCAAGACAGGCAGAUCAUUUGAGUCCAGGAGUUCAGGACGAGCCUGGGCAACGUGGCAAAACCCUGUCUCUACCAAAAAAUUAAAAAAUAAAUAGCCGGGUAUAGUGGCACAUUCCUGUAGUCUCAACUACUCAGGAGUCUGAGGUAGGAGGAUCAUUUGAGCCUGGGAAGUGAAGGCUGCAGUGAGCCAUGUUGGCACCACUGCACUCCAGCACUCCAGCCUGGGCAACAGAUUAAAACCCUAUCUCAAAAAAAAAAAAAGUCAAAAAUAGAUAAAACAGGUCUUUAUUGUUACCUGUGUGAAAUGGCCCUGAUUCUAUUACUGUUAUAUGCCAGUUUGUUUAUAGAUUUCUGUGUGUUUGAUUUGAACUUUUUUUUUUUUUGAGACAGACUCUCACUCUAUUGCCCAGGCUGGAGUGCAGUGGUGUGAUCUCGGCUCACUGCAACCUCUGCCUCCCAGGUUCAAGCAAUUAUCUUCCUUAGCCUCCCAGGUAGCUGGGAUUACAGGCACCCGCCACCACACCAGCUAAUUUUUGUAUUUUUAGUAGAGACAGGGUUUCACCAUCUUGGCCAGACUGGUCUUGAACUCCUAACCUCAGGAUCCACCCGCCUCAGCCUCUCAAAGUGCUGGGAUUAUAAGCGUGAGCCACCGUGCCCAGCCUGGUUUGAACAUUAUUGAGCUGUUGAAUAUAAACUUGAAAAUAAUUUUCAAAUAAACACUUUCUAUGAUACA